AUGGAUAACCGUAGGACUCCCGCCGCUGCGGUGCGGAUACCCUCUUACAGAGAUGGUGCUGCCACAUCUCGAUCUACUUCUCGGCUCAAUUCGCAGACCUUUGACGACUCCCUUCGACCUCGAGAAGCGAUGGUUAUACCUGGCGCCCGCUUUGAUGACACACCGCCGCCCUUACCACCCCCUCGAUACAAUGAAGAGUUGGCUCAAGGAAUAGACGUUGCCUGGAAUUGGGGUAACAGCGAUCCAUUCAACACCACCGGACGAUUGGCCCCUAUCAAUCCGGGCUCCAGCUUGUACGGCGGCUACAUGAAGUCGAGAAGGAAUUCGGGACAUUCUCGCAACCCGCCGGAUAUGGACCUGGAUGACGACUAUCCGCGCAGAGGCAGCAAUGUUUUGACAGUCAGGUCGCCGCCGCAGGCUGAGAUCUCAAUGGGUGGACACGUUCCGACCUUAAUCCGGAAGCCGCCUUCGCCAGGCCCGGCAAAUCAGAGAUUACACGGCGAAAUGCCCUUGGCACAACAGAAUUUCAACCGCUCGUCGCAAGCAUACGACCAACGCGUAUUGUCCAAAAUUGGGAAACCCAGCUCGCCACCGCGACAUCAGCGAUCAGGCUCGUCAGAAUCCACGUCUUAUGCUCCGAAACCUUGCCUGCAAACCAAAGAGCCCAAAGUCUUGCUACCGUCGACCAAUGAGCUUCCGUCGGCGUCAUUCGAUCCGAUUUCCAGAUGGAUCACUAGUCCAGUCUCAGCAGGCGUAUCACCCGGAUCGCGUCCUGGUUGGCGCGAGUACAAUAUGAAUCAUCGAAGUCCUUCCAUGGACAGUGCUGCCACUUCGUUGGUACUCGACCCUGAGUUGUUCGUUCAGCCUCGACCCAGCGGGUUGCCUUCCACCAGCGGCUCUGUUCUCGGGAACGAUGAUGUGGCCAGUUUUGCCAGCCGCUCGCAUCGCGGCAGCUAUGAUCACGGCUUCUUUGCAGAAACAGAAUCCGAUUUUACUGGCGAUGAAGGCAGCGCAUUCCGCAACUUGAAUCUCAGCGACUCGCAACAGCAGAUGGGACGACGAUCUCCUAAGCAGGGCAUGAAGCGGCGGGCCCGGUCACCUCCUUCGUCCGAUGUGGCUCGGGACGACAAAUCCCCGUCACGUGGCGCCUCAUCAACCGAAUUGUUAUUCCAAAAAGUCCACACGACCGUGUCCGCGCAGUCGGGAUCAGUCUCGUCCACGUCGUCGAGUGUGAGGCAGAAUUCUUAUGCAUCCUCCAUCGCCCUUUCGGUGGCCGGCAGUAGUAUGACCAGCAUCUCUUCCUUCGACAAACAGUCACCGCUAGACCCUUCGCAGCCUGCAUAUAUAGCCUCGGCCCAGCCUGUUUCUAGCCCUGCCACGUCAAUCGCACCGUCCAGAACGCAACCGACUCAAUCUCCGCUCGAUACAAAAUCUCCCAUCCGGAAAAUGUCUAUCCAAGCAGCCAUGAACGACUCUCGACUCCCACUCCCGCCAGCCACGCGCAUCGGCAACUACUUUAUAUGCGAGUGUUGUCCCAAAAAGCCCAAGAAAUUUGAUACUCUGGACGAUUUGAGAUCCCAUCAAAUGGAAAAACAAUACUCGUGUCAAUACUGCCACAAUCGCUUCAAAAACAAAAAUGAAGCGGAGCGCCACCAAAAUUCCUUACAUCUCCGACGCCAUUCUUGGUCCUGCGCAGCCAUAACCAGCUAUCAGGCAGCUUUUCAUCCUUCCUCCCCGCCUGCAGUGGCUGGACCAGGAGGGCCUCAGUCCGAUGCGUGCGGCUUCUGCGGAGAGGAAUUCCCAAAUUUCCCCCAGCCCGACUGGGAUCGCCGGAUCGAACACCUCACCAACGUCCACAAAUUUGGAGAAUGCAACCAGGCAAAGAAAUUCUACCGAGCCGAUCACUUCAGACAACAUCUUAAACACAGUCACGCUGGGCAGAGUGGGAAGUGGACCAACAUGCUGGAAAAUGUCUGUCUGCGAGAAGAAUUCCCGCAGGACCCUGCCGGUGUGUCGCCAACCGGAAGCGAAUCAAGUCCAGGACGAGGUCCCAGCAGUCUUCCCGACCCACCUAUGGGAGGCGCCACGAUCAACGAAUCUCAAAAUGAGACGUGA